ACCUGCAGACGCGGGCGUGCGGCGCCGGAAGGGAGACGGGGGGUAUGCCGUCCGCGGCCGGACCCGGAAGUAGGGCCGCCGUCUGCCGCUGGGAGCAGGAGGCGGAGCGGAGCCGAAACCGGGACGCGGGUGUUUGAUGCGAUACUAAGGUGGGAAAUCUCAGGGGUCUAAAUGCUGUGCGGACCACUGCUAAGCCUUCACUCCCAAGCGCCAUCCACUUGUGCGUAAGACACUGACAGGAAAGGACUUUAUCUACAGUAUCUGCCAAGGACACAUGCCAUUGUGGUGUCCCUGGAGGUGGUGCGGUGGCGGCAGGCAGCUGCGUGGGGCAGCGUACGAGCUGGGUCACUGUCAUUGCCCUAAGCGUGCGUGAGGCCGGGGCCCCGCAGCACUGACACACGAUGAAGACCGUGCUCAUGGUGGCAGAGAAGCCAUCCUUGGCCCAGUCCAUCGCCAAAAUCCUUUCUCGAGGGAGCAUGUCCUCACGCAAAGGGCUGAACGGGACAUGCUCGGUGCACGAGUACUCAGGGACCUUCUCUGGCCAGCCUGUCCGCUUCAAGAUGACAUCCGUCUGCGGUCAUGUGAUGACCCUGGAUUUCCUGGGAAGGUACAACAAGUGGGACAAGGUGGAUCCCGCCGAGCUGUUCAGCCAGGCCCCGACUGAGAAGAAGGAGGCCAACCCCAAGCUGAACAUGGUGAAGUUCCUGCAGGUGGAGGGCAAAGGCUGUGACUACAUUGUGCUGUGGCUGGACUGCGACAAGGAGGGGGAGAACAUCUGCUUCGAGGUCCUGGACGCUGUGCUGCCGGUCAUGAGUCAGGCCCACGGGGGCGAGAAGACGGUGUUCCGGGCCAGGUUCAGCUCCAUCACCGACACAGACAUCUGCAACGCUAUGGCCCGCCUGGGCGAGCCCGACCACAACGAGGCGCUCUCGGUAGAUGCGCGGCAGGAGCUGGACCUGCGCAUCGGCUGCGCCUUUACCAGGUUCCAGACCAAGUACUUCCAGGGGAAAUAUGGCAACCUGGACAGCUCGCUUAUCUCCUUCGGGCCGUGCCAGACCCCCACACUGGGCUUCUGCGUGGAGAGACACGACAGGAUCCAGUCCUUCAAGCCCGAGACCUACUGGGUGCUGCAGGCCAAGGUGAUCACCGAUAAGGACAGAUCUCUCCUUUUGGACUGGGACCGAGUGCGAGUGUUCGACCGGGAGAUCGCCCAGAUGUUUCUGAACAUGACCAAGCUGGAGAAGGAAGCCCAGGUGGAGGCCACAAGCAGGAAAGAGAAGGCCAAGCAGAGGCCCCUGGCCCUGAACACCGUGGAGAUGCUACGUGUGGCCAGCUCUUCUCUGGGCAUGGGCCCACAGCAUGCCAUGCAGACGGCCGAGCGCCUCUACACGCAGGGCUACAUCAGCUACCCGCGGACCGAGACCACCCACUACCCCGAGAACUUUGACCUCAAGGGGCCUCUGCGGCAGCAGGCCAACCACCCCUACUGGGCCGACACGGUGAAGCGGUUGUUGGCGGAAGGCAUCAACCGCCCGCGGAAAGGCCACGAUGCUGGCGACCAUCCCCCCAUCACCCCCAUGAGAUCCGCCACAGAGGCCGAAUUAGGGGGCGAGGCCUGGCGGCUGUAUGAGUACAUCACCAGGCACUUCAUCGCCACGGUCAGCCACGACUGCAGGUACCUGCAGAGCAGCGUCUCCUUCCGCAUCGGGCCCGAACGCUUCACCUGCACGGGCAAGACCGUCAUCUCCCCAGGCUUCACAGAGAUCAUGCCCUGGCAGAGCAUCCCCCUGGAGGAGAGCCUGCCCACCUGCCAGAGGGGUGACAGCCUUGCCGUGGGCGAGGUCAAGAUGCUGGAGAAGCAGACAAGCCCCCCCGACUACCUGACGGAGGCCGAGCUCAUCACGCUCAUGGAGAAGCACGGCAUCGGGACGGACGCCAGCAUCCCUGUGCACAUCAACAACAUCUGCCAGCGCAACUACGUGGUGGUGGAGAGUGGGCGGCGGCUCCGGCCCACCAACCUGGGCAUCGUGCUGGUGCACGGCUACUACAAGAUCGAUGCAGAGCUGGUGCUCCCCACCAUCCGCAGUGCAGUUGAGAAGCAGCUGAACCUGAUCGCCCAGGGUAGGGCCGACUACCGCCAGGUCCUGGGCCAUACCCUGGAUGUCUUCAAGAGGAAGUUCCACUACUUUGUGGACUCCAUCGCCGGCAUGGAUGAGUUGAUGGAGGUGUCCUUCUCGCCUCUGGCGGCCACAGGCAAGCCCCUCUCCCGCUGUGGGAAGUGCCACCGGUUCAUGAAGUACAUCCAGGCCAAGCCGAGCCGCCUGCACUGUGCACACUGCGACGAGACCUACAGCCUCCCCCAGAACGGCACCAUCAAGCUGUACAAGGAGCUCCGCUGCCCGCUGGAUGACUUCGAGCUGGCUCUGUGGUCGUCGGGCUCGCGGGGCAAGAGCUACCCGCUGUGCCCCUAUUGCUCCAACCACCCGCCCUUCCGGGACAUGAAGAAAGGUACGGGCUGCAAUGAGUGCACACACCCCACCUGCCAGCACUCGCUGAGCAUGCUGGGCAUCGGCCAGUGCGUGGAGUGCGAGAGCGGCGUGCUGGUGCUCGACCCAACCUCUGGCCCCAAGUGGCGGGUGGCCUGCAACAGGUGCAACGUGGUGGCACACUGCUUUGAGAAUGCCCACCGCGUGCGCGUGUCCGCCGACACCUGCAGCGCCUGUGAGGCUGCCCUGCUGGACGUGGACUUCAACAAGGCCAAGUCCCCGCUGCCGGGCGACAGCACGCAGCACACGGGCUGCGUCUUCUGCGACCCCAUCUUCCAGGAGCUGGUGGAGCUGAAGCACGCAGCCUCCUGCCACCCCAUGCACCGUGGGCCUGGGAGGAGGCAGGGCCGGGGCCGGGGCCGGGGCCGGAGGCCGGCAGGAAAGCCUGGUGCCAGGCGGCCCAAGGACAAGAUGUCAGCCCUGGCUGCCUACUUCGUGUGAUGGCCCACCCUGGACUCCACACCGUGUCCUUGGAAAUCAUUAAACAUAUUCUGUUUUCUCCAGA